AUGGAAGAUUACAAGCGUUUCUACGAAGAGUCCUUUAAAAUCGAAAUCGAAGAUAAUCCAGGGUUAGCUGAUAACAGUGACAGUGAUUAUGAUGAUGAUGAUGAUGAUGAUGACGAUAUGGUUACUGUUGUCGAUGGAUCUGACCUCGAUAUAGAUAUCUCUAAUGAUAGGAGCCAUUUGGAUAAUGUCAAGAGAAAGCUUCAGGACGAUUUUGAAAACGAGCAGUUAAUAACAUUACAAGGCUAG